CGGACAAUGGCGGCAGUCAAAGUACUGAAGAUUGGUAAGAAACUCUAUGAGGGUAAAACAAAAGAAGUCUAUGAAUUGUUGGAUAGUCCAGGAAGAGUCCUCCUGCAGUCCAAGGACCGGAUUACAGCAGGAAACACAGCCAGAAAGAAUCACCUUGAAGGAAAAGCUGCAAUCUCAAAUAAAAUUACCAGCUGUAUUUUUCAGUUGUUACAGGAAGCAGGUAUCAAAACUGCUUUCACCAGAAAAUGUGGGGAGACAGCUUUCAUUGCACCUAAGUGUGAAAUGAUUCCAAUUGAAUGGGUUUGUAGAAGAAUAGCAACUGGUUCUUUUCUCAAAAGAAAUCCUGGUGUUAAGGAAGGAUGUAAGUUCUACCCACCUAAAGUGGAGAUGUUUUUUAAGGAUGAUGCCAAUAAUGAUCCACAGUGGUCUGAGGAACAGCUAAUUGCUGCAAAUUUUUGCUUUGCUGGACUUGUUAUAGGACAAACUGAAGUGGAUAUCAUGAGUCAUGCUACACAGGCUAUUUUUGAAAUACUGGAGAAAUCCUGGUUGCCCCAGAACUGUACACUAGUUGAUAUGAAGAUUGAAUUUGGUGUUGAUGUAACCACCAGAGAAAUCGUUCUUGCUGAUGUUAUUGAUAAUGAUUUCUGGAGACUCUGGCCAUCAGGAGAUCGAAGCCAGCAAAAAGACAAACAGUCAUAUCGUGAUCUCAAGGAAGUAACUCCUGAAGGGCUACAGAUGGUAAAGAAAAAUUUUGAGUGGGUUGCAGAAAGAGUAAAGUUGCUUCUGAAACCAGAAAGUCAGUGCAGGGUUAUAGUAUUGAUGGGCUCAACCUCUGAUCUUUGUCACUGUGAAAAAAUUAAGAAGCCUUGUGGAACUUUUCGCAUUCCAUGUGAACUUAGGGUCACCUCUGCCCAUAAAGGACCAGAUGAAACUCUGAGGAUUAAAGCUGAGUAUGAAGGGGAUGGCAUUCCUACUGUAUUUGUGGCAGUGGCAGGCAGAAGCAAUGGUUUAGGGCCGGUGUUGUCUGGUAACACUGCAUAUCCACUUAUCAGCUGUCCUCCUCUCACUCCAGACUGGGGAGCUCAGGAUGUGUGGUCUUCUCUUCGAUUACCCAGUGGUCUUGGCUGUUCCACCAUCCUUUCUCCAGAAGGAUCAGCUCAGUUUGCUGCUCAGAUAUUUGGAUUAAAUAACCAUUUGAUCUGGGCCCAACUGCGAGCAAGUGUAUUAAAUACAUGGAUUUCCUUGAAGCAGGCUGACAAGAAAAUCAGAGAGGCCAAUUUAUAA